AAUCAAGUGCGUAAUUGGGAGGUACAUUUUAAUGGUGAAACAAGUCCAUUACCAUUUUUGGAAAAUUUGGAAACACUCUCCGAAACUUAUAACAUUCCCCGAGACAUUCUGCCAAGACUUAUGCCAGAAAUACUGAAAGGAAAAGCCCUAAUGUGGUUCCGGAAUAACAAUCGGAAGUGGACACACUGGUCAAGUUUUGUUCAGGAUGUUCGAGAGUUUUUCUUGCCUUCUAAUUAUUUAGAGCAAUUAGAAGACACAAUUCGGAACAAAUACCAGAAGAAGACGGAGUCAUUCCAAGACUAUGCCCUAGCACUACAAGAGUUGAUGCGAUAUGCUGAGUUAACAGAAAGACAACAGUUAAGUCGGAUUUACCGGAAUAGUAGACCAGAGUAUCAGCUCCAGAUCAAACCGCGUGAAUUUAGCUCCUUGGGAGAAUUAAGCAAACUAGCAGAAGAAUUCGAACGUCUUACACAACUAAGUAGUAGAGAACGCCAAUGCACUCUUGAUUGGUCACCACCGAUUGCCAUUAAUAGAACACAGAGCGAAAAGGUGGACGUGCGUAAUGCUUGUCGUAGAUGUGGGGAAAGAAAUCAUUUUGCACGAGAAUGCACAAAGCCUAGGAGACUUUUUUGCUGGAGUUGUGGUACUAUAGGCCGUCGAACGAUCGAGUGCUGCAGGGAAAAUCCAACAUACAGAAAUCAUCAGAGGCCAUCGGGAAACGCUUUGGGGGUUGUCACGCCAGGCGGAACGACAACCACCCAAACAUUUUAUCCGUCAAAUUAGAAUCCAGUCAA